GAUGCCAAGGGCCAGUACCUGUUUGACCUUCUCUGCCACCACCUGAACCUGCUGGAGAAGGAUUAUUUCGGCAUCCGCUUCGUGGACCCCGACAAGCAAAGGCACUGGCUGGAGUUCACCAAGUCGGUUGUGAAGCAGAUGCGGGCCCAGCCGCCCUUCACCAUGUGCUUCCGAGUCAAGUUCUACCCCACGGACCCCGCGGCGCUGAAGGAGGAGAUCACCAGGUACUUGGUGUUCCUGCAGAUCAAGAGGGAUCUGUACCACGGCAGGCUCCUGUGCAAGACGUCAGAUGCUGCUCUGCUGGCUGCCUACAUCCUGCAGGCUGAGAUCGGGGACUACGACCCAGGCAAGCACCCAGAGGGUUACAGCUCCAAGUUCCAGUUCUUCCCCAAGCACUCGGAGAAGCUGGAGAGGAAAAUCGCGGAGAUCCACAAGUCAGAGCUCAGUGGGCAGACACCAGCUACUUCGGAGCUGAAUUUCCUCAGGAAAGCCCAGACUCUGGAGACCUACGGGGUGGACCCUCACCCGUGCAAGACCUUCCCAGGACUGCCAGAGGAGGAUGGGUGCUCUGAGACCCUGCCAGGGCUGUCAGAGGAGGAUGGGUGCUCUGAGACCCUCCCAGGACUGUCAGAGGAGGAUGGGUGCUCUGAGACCCUCCCAGGACUGUCAGAGGAGGAUGGGUGCUCUGAGACCCUCCCAGGACUGUCAGAGGAGGAUGGGUGCUCUGAGACCCUCCCAGGACUGUCAGAGGAGGAUGGGUGCUCUGAGACCCUCCCAGGACUGUCAGAGGAGGAUGGGUGCUCUGAGACCCUCCCAGGACUGUCAGAGGAGGAUGGGUGCUCUGAGACCCUCCCAGGACUGUCAGAGGAGGAUGGGUGCUCUGAGACCCUCCCAGGACUGUCAGAGGAGGAUGGGUGCUCUGAGACCCUCCCAGGACUGUCAGAGGAGGAUGGGUGCUCUGAGACCCUCCCAGGACUGUCAGAGGAGGAUGGGUGCUCUGAGACCCUCCCAGGACUGUCAGAGGAGGAUGGGUGCUCUGAGACCCUCCCAGGACUGUCAGAGGAGGAUGGGUGCUCUGAGACCCUCCCAGGACUGUCAGAGGAGGAUGGGUGCUCUGAGACCCUCCCAGGACUGUCAGAGGAGGAUGGGUGCUCUGAGACCCUCCCAGGACUGUCAGAGGAGGAUGGGUGCUCUGAGACCCUCCCAGGACUGUCAGAGGAGGAUGGGUGCUCUGAGACCCUCCCAGGACUGUCAGAGGAGGAUGGGUGCUCUGAGACCCUCCCAGGACUGUCAGAGGAGGAUGGGUGCUCUGAGACCCUCCCAGGACUGUCAGAGGAGGAUGGGUGCUCUGAGACCCUCCCAGGACUGUCAGAGGAGGAUGGGUGCUCUGAGACCCUCCCAGGACUGUCAGAGGAGGAUGGGUGCUCUGAGACCCUCCCAGGACUGUCAGAGGAGGAUGGGUGCUCUGAGACCCUCCCAGGACUGUCAGAGGAGGAUGGGUGCUCUGAGACCCUCCCAGGACUGUCAGAGGAGGAUGGGUGCUCUGAGACCCUCCCAGGACUGUCAGAGGAGGAUGGGUGCUCUGAGACCCUCCCAGGACUGUCAGAGGAGGAUGGGUGCUCUGAGACCCUCCCAGGACUGUCAGAGGAGGAUGGGUGCUCUGAGACCCUCCCAGGACUGUCAGAGGAGGAUGGGUGCUCUGAGACCCUCCCAGGACUGUCAGAGGAGGAUGGGUGCUCUGAGACCCUGCCAGGGCUCUCAGGGGGGAUGAACGAGGUGACCAAGAUGAAAUUCGAAGGGAAGACUUUCUACCUGUAUGUGAGCCAGAAGGAGGAGAAGAAAAUCGUUCUCACCUAUUUUGCCCCGACGCCAGAAGCCUGCAAGCACCUCUGGAAGUGUGGGAUCGAGAACCAGGCGUUCUACAAGUUGGAGAAGUCGAGCCAGGUGCGGACGGUGUCCAGCAGCAACCUGUUCUUCAAGGGCAGCCGCUUCCGCUACAGCGGCCGCGUGGCCAAGGAGGUGAUGGAGUCCAGCGCCAAGAUCAAGAGGGAGCCGCCCGAGAUCCACCGGGCCGGGCUGGUGCCGAGCCGCAGCUGCCCGUCCAUCACGCACGGGCCCCGGCUGAGCAGCGUGCCCCGCACCCGGCGGAGAGCCGUGCACAUCUCCAUCAUGGAAGGCCUGGAGUCCCUCCGCGACAGCGCGCACUCCACCCCGGUGCGCUCGGCUUCCCACGGCGACGCCCUGGCGGGCCCCGGGCGCGGCGGCCGCGCCGAGAGCAGCGAGCGGGGGGCGGUGAUCGCCGACGAGAGCUACAGCCCCGCCGACAGCGUGCUGCCCACGCCCGUGGCCGAGCACAGCCUGGAGCUGAUGCUGCUGUCGCGACAGGCCAACGGGGCGCCCUGCAGCAUCGAGGAGGAGAAGGAGUCGGAGGCGGGCACGCCGGCCGAGGCGGAGGGCGAGCUGCGGGCGCUGUGCCCGGGCACCGCCGGCCUGGGGCCGGCGCAGGCCCAACAGGUGAAUAAGUUUCUUUUAAGUGUCCUCCGUUUGCUCCUUGUGACAGUUGGACUCCUGUUUGUUUUGCUCCUCCUCCUGAUCGUCCUUACCGAGUCCGACCUUGACACUGCCUUUUUCCGUGAUAUCCGCCAGACCCCAGAGUUCGAGCAGUUCCAUUACCAAUACUUUUGUCCCCUCAGGCGAUGGUUUGCCUGCAAGCUCCGCGCCGUGGUAAGCCUGCUCAUUGACACCUGAAGGCAGGAGGCGGCACGGGGGGCCAGGAGCUGCCGCGGGACCCUCAGUGACCCCCCC